AUGUGGUUUCUAGAUAGUACCCGACAAAGCGGAGACCAGGGUGGGAGGCGUCACACUUGGCCUAUAAAAGCUACCGCAAGAGGCCAAGGCCACAAGCCACUCAGCUUAGGCCAGCCUACGUGUCUGCUCCUCGCUCCUCCUGUGUUAGCUCUAGGCUCCAUGGCACUCUGGCUGACCGUGGUCAUUGCUCUCACCUGCCUUGGUGGCCUUGCCUCCCCGGGCCCUCACUCAAGGAGAGAGCUCAAGGAGCUCAUUGAAGAGCUGGUCAACAUCACCCAGAAUCAGGUAUCCCUCUGCAAUGGCAGCAUGGUGUGGAGCGUCAACCUGACAACCGGCAUGUACUGUGCAGCCCUAGAAUCUCUCAUCAAUGUCUCUGACUGCACUGCCAUCCAAAGGACCCAGAGGAUGCUGAAAGCCCUGUGCACUCAGAAACCCUCAGCAGGGCAGAUUUCCAGUGAGCGCAGCCGAGAUACCAAAAUUGAAGUGAUCCAGUUGGUAAAAAACCUGCUCAACCAUCUAAGGAGAAAUUUUCGCCAUGGAAAUUUCAAAUGA